GCUGUGCUUAGACCUAUCAUGGCAGCACUCCCACCUUUCUUCAUUGACAGGCAAUACUAACGCAUGACAUCGCAGAUCCCUACCACCUUAUCACGCAACCACUCUCGUGACACAUUGCCGGUCAUCAUGUCUUACGCAGAAGCCGCAGCCAAGGGUCCCAAGCAGUCCCCAGAGGAGCUCUACAGUCGCGCUCCCGAUAUCAACCGGGUGUACCGGGAUGAAUCCGAGAGCACCGCCUCCCUGAUCGACGUCGACUCCCCCCACGUGCAGUCCGUGGACGCCGAUUUCCUCAACCAGGAGGUCAAGACCACGACGCAGGCCGAGCGGAUAGAGCGCGAGGAGCUGGAGGCCAUCGCCGAGCGCGAACGGAUCGAGAAGGCGAAGGCGAAGGCGAAGGCCGAGGCCAAGGCCAAGGCCAACAGCGUGCGCCGCAACAAGAGCAACCCCGUCUACCUCGGAAACGCGGUCAUCCUGGCCCUGGCCGGCGCGGGUCUGGGCUUUGGCGCAUACAAGAAGCACGCGCAGGGUAAGCUGUCAUGGCAGCUCGUCGGAUUGUGGUCCGGAAUCGUGGGCGCGGUCGGUGCCGUCGACUACUUUGUCAGCAAGUGGCUUUUGCAGAACAAGUACCCUCCUAAAUAGAGUGGGAAAAACGAAAACUCAAGUACUUGUGUGGUUUGAUAACUUGAUAUCCUGAUGUUUCUUUUGGUUUCUCCUGUGUGGCUUGUUUAUAGUUCCAUAUACCGCACGGAUUCGAGGAUACAUGGCGUUUUUCAUGAUGUCCAGGCGUUUGUGCUCGGUCGAGAUUUAGCUAAUUCCAUCUCAAUCUCAUCCAUAUGCUCUUCUCCGCUUAGCUUUCGGUAAUCCCAUGCUCACUGCGAUGUUUAGAGUAGAUUCUGG